GGGGCAGGCAGUCGGGGAAGGAGGGGUCUUAAGGGGCGGCGAGCGCAGGUCGGAUUUCCUCCGAGGCUGCCGAUCGGCGGAGCUCCCACCUUCCCUUAGAGCUCGCCGCAGCCGCCCUGCCCCGCGCCCUCCGGAGACCGGGACCAGACCAUGAUGUGGACACGCUGGCUCGCGCUCGCGCUGGUGGCGGUCGCCUGGGUCCACGCCGAGGAAGAACUAAGAAGCAAAUCCAAGAUCUGUGCCAAUGUGUUUUGUGGAGCUGGCCGGGAAUGUGCAGUCACAGAGAAGGGAGAGCCCACCUGCCUCUGCAUUGAGCAAUGCAAACCUCACAAGAGGCCUGUGUGCGGCAGCAAUGGCAAGACCUACCUCAACCACUGUGAGUUACAUCGAGACGCCUGCCUCACUGGAUCCAAAAUCCAGGUUGAUUAUGAUGGACACUGCAAAGAGAAGAAAUCUGUAAGUCCAUCUGCCAGCCCAGUCGUUUGCUAUCAGUCCAACCGGGAUGAGCUCCGGCGUCGCAUCAUCCAGUGGCUGGAAGCAGAGAUCAUUCCAGAUGGCUGGUUCUCUAAAGGCAGCAACUACAGUGAAAUCCUAGACAAGUACUUUAAGAACGUUGAUAAUGGUGACUCUCGCUUGGACUCCAGUGAGUUACUGAAAUUUGUGGAGCAGAAUGAAACUGCCAUCAACAUCACUACUUAUGCCGACCAGGAGAACAACAAGCUGCUUAGAGGACUCUGUGUUGAUGCUCUCAUUGAACUGUCUGACGAAAAUGCUGACUGGAAACUCAGCUUCCAAGAGUUCCUCAAGUGCCUCAACCCGACCUUCAAUCCUCCAGAGAGGAAGUGUGCCCUGGAGGAUGAGACAUAUGCAGAUGGAGCAGAGACCGAGGUGGACUGUAACCGUUGUGUCUGUGCCUGUGGAAACUGGGUCUGCACAGCCAUGACCUGUGAUGGCAAGAAUCAGAAGGGGGCCCAGGCCCAGACAGAGGAGGAGAUGACCAGAUAUGUCCAGGAGCUCCAGAAGCACCAGGAAACAGCUGAAAAGACCAAAAAAGUGAGCACCAAAGAGAUCUAAAGAGGAGGCAUCUGGGAAGGGCGUCCAGAGCCUGGCACCUUCUUUCACUUCAGCGCUGAGUUCAGUAUAUCCAAGUGUCUGCUACAAUUGCCGAAUCACCAGUAUUUGCUUGUAUAGCAAUGAGUUUUAUUUUGUCUAUUUGUUUUGCAAAAGGAAAUGGGGGUGGCUGGCGAGGAGGGGAAGGGCCAUAGCCUUCAUUUCUAGGAGUGCUUUGAGAGAAACUAUAAAUGGUACUCAGGGGCUGGAGACAAGUAAGGAAACUGCAUCAGGGUUGGGAGAGGAGCAGAUCUGAACCACGGUCGGCCACGGCUAUAAACGUCCUGCAGGGAGUGCGAAUGAUGCCAGAGAGAACUUUGCAGGCUGCCCCAGAGGAGGGGUCUGGCAGAAGCCCAGUGGAGAGGAACACACUCUGCAUCCAGCCCUUCCUGUCGCCAUCAGCAUAAUAGAUGUCCAGCAUCUGUGCUUCUCAUGGUCCCAACCACUGCCUCUAGAUACACAGCCACCCUUCUCGUUACCCAGUGGUCCCUUAGGCUUGGAGUUUCUGGGAGGGUGCACACAAAUGAUGCAGAUACUUGUAUAACUUUGAGCCCCUUAGAGACCUAACCAAAUUUUUAAGAUACUUUUUACCAAAGGUGCUAUUUUUCUGUAAAACUUUUUUUGGCAAGUUGACUUCAUUCUUCAAUUAUUAUCAUUAUAUUAUUGUUGUGUUUUAAUAUUUUAUUUUCUUGACUAGAAACUGAGCUUUUGUAAUUAUUUUUCAGUAGUCCUGCCAUUUCAAAGGAGGGAGAGUUUGGGGUUCUUUUCUGGUGCAGGGACCACUAUAACCAAGACUCCACCCGCCCUGCCACAUACUAGAUGCAGCCCAGAGUUGUGUCCCCCUAGCUUCCAGUGGAUCAGCAGUCUGCCAGCAGGUGCCUCAAACAGAAGCCAGGGAAUACAAAGCAUCUCCAUACAAAGCUUUUUUUAAGAUCUAAAAAGCUAAUUUGUUUCCAUUUAUUAUGAUAAGUUCAUGCAAAUCAGUAUUCCAAAGAAUGGAGACAAGUGCAGCCAAGCAAGGCUUAGAUAUCUGUGCUUAGAUGUCAAUAUGUUUGUUGGUUCACCACUAGGAGAGUGAUUUGGCCCUAUCUCUUCCUAUUUCUGGGCCUCAGUCUCCUCAGUGAGCAAGUAGGAAUGCAUUAAUCUCAAUUUGAUAAAUUACAAAUUCUCUGGUUCUGAUCAUUGUUCCAGAAGGAUACAGUUCCUAUGGCUUUCCUUCUCCUUAGGAUAAAUGAAACCUUACUGUUGCAACAAAAGAGUCAGGUGGCCAAAAUCCAGAUGACCAAAUCUGACCUCAGUCUGCACGGCUGCACUGGUUGUGCGGUGAUGUAGUACCCUCUCGGGUAAUGUCUGCCCAGGAAGAGAAUGGGAAGGAGAACUACUCCACUUUGUUGAAACUUUUGCAUUCCAUCUUUAACCUUCUUGGAAACAGAAAUAGCUUUCCCUUUCAAGAUGAGGACAAAAGGUGGUUUCACCUUUUAAGAGGGGGGAGGGAAUGGAAAUUGAGUCUUAAAACUGUGAUUGGGGAGAAGACCAUUGUUCCUGUGUUUUGGACUCUGUGAUGAUUAAUCCCACUAUUUACCAUGUAUAAGAUGCAUUUGGAAUAACGAAGAUUAAAAACUUGACAAAAGCACUCAUCUUCAGAAAGCAGAUGGGAAAUUAUAUAGAUUGCACUGCAUGGGCAAUACUGAGAACGUUGUGCUGAAUGUGGAAUUGCCUCUAAACAAGUUUCCUUGUUCUCCUUUGAAAGGAGAGCAUUCUGUUUUGUUUAGAAUUCUGACCUUUUAGAUACAUCCCAUUUGAAAGCUCUCUUCGAGCCCUACUUGUGCACUCUGAAAUGCACCUCCCUGUCCAGUUGUCUUGGAGAGCUCCCACAGCACACCUUGAUCAAGUUUUGCCAGCUCUUGGACACAGAGGGCAGGUGUGCCAGUUUGUUUAAAGCUAGAAUCCAGAGUGUCUCCUCACCAGUUACAUUUAGGACAGUGGCUGCCAUUUAAGAUUACCCUACCCUGCACCACGGAAUUCCCAAGAGCAAAUCUGCAUUCCUCCUGUAAAUACGGACGCUAUUGUCUGCACCACAGAAUCACAUGAUCUGAUGACCAUUCAUGGAAAGCUGCUAAAUAGCCUAGUUUGGGGAGUCUUGCAUGGAGCUUUGUAUGGAGCAAAUAGGAUUAAAUCGGGUUCAGUUCCUCCAGCUCUCUACAAGCACAGGGCUUAGACUGCAAGCUUCCUUGGGCUUUCUCAAUGUGUAUAUGAUUUUAUUAAUAUAUUACAGUGUCUGUUAAGAUUCAGUGUUCAUGGAAACCUUCUCACAUGCCAUGACUCUGGACUCCAUCACUGUUUUGGGAAAGCAGGGCUUCUCCACCUGCUAAUAAGCCCAUGUGAACAAGUCUGAAUGUCUUUCCUUUACACUUAAGUUUUUAAUCAAAUGUCAAGCAGCAAUUUAAACAGGUUUCUGUUGCCUAUGUGUUUGUGAAAUGUAUUUGUAUUUAGUAGGCUUCCAUAUUGCAUUUAACUUGUUUUUGUAACUCCUCAUUCUUUUUUUCUUCCCUUUUUUUUGGAUACUAUUGAUAAAUAAAGAAAUUAAAAUAGUAA